GAGAGCACGGUGCAGCGCAGCGCAGGCUAAGUGGAAAACCGCGACGUUGAUAUCGUGUGUGAUAACCGACGGAUCGCAGCGACUUUUUACAAUAUGUCAGAUUGGGACACCGCGCCAAUUACUUUGCGUAAACGCACACCGAAGGCGUCCACGCUAAAAACUGAGAAGGCGGUGAAUGAUGCGCGGCGGCAAGGUUUCACCGUGGAGACACAGGCAAAGUUUCUUUUACCAGGGGGUGGUGGUGCAAAUAGACAACACGUAACUACAAAAAACACAGCUAAAUUGGACCGUGAGACAGAAGAGUUGAAACACGAUAAAAUUCCACUUGACCUUGGCAAACUUAUUCAACAAGGCCGACAGAGUAAAGGAUUGUCUCAAAAAGAUCUAGCAACGAAAGUCAACGAGAAGGCGCAAGUUAUCAACGACUACGAAGCAGGACGUGGAAUACCAAACCAGAUGGUCAUUGGCAAAAUCGAGCGAGUAUUGGGAAUUAAAUUGCGUGGUAAAGAUCGUGGCAAACCGUUAACGACCCCCGGGACAAAGAAGUGAAUCUCGGGGGAAGGAAACUAUUUUCUAUCUUACACGGUUCUCAUGAAAGAACUUUGGCAAAGACGGUAGAAUGGAAAGCCACAAACCCCUAUCUUUCUUUCCUUUGGUUAUUUUGAUAUCGUGCAUUACAGAGUAGGUUAUAAUUAACUUGUCUUUACGUAUAAAAAAUAAAAGAGGAUAUUUUAGGAUAAUACAGGUGUAACAAACCAUAAUAUUAAGAAAAGAUUACAGAGUUACCUUCGUUACAGACUUUCAAAUGUACAUUACUAAUGCUACUAUUAAGAGAAAAAUAUGCUUGAGUGGUAAAAUAAAAUUCUUAAUUUAUGAUAAA